GCAAUAGCUGCCCAUUUAACACACACACACACGUACUUUCACAUAAAAAAUGUAUUUUAAACUCAAACGAUUACUACAAUUAUAUUUAAUGAUAUGUUUCGUUCAAGCCCGUUCUCUACCCCCCAUGAAAGAGGUCUCAAGCCCCAUAAGUUUAUUGCACAUUCGUCGCAAUUAUCGCGAUGUCCCUAUACCCCAAAUGCCAAUGGAUUUGCAGACAACUCACCAACCUUGUGACAUGGAUAUUGAUGGAGUUCGUCGUUAUAUCUGGGCAUUUCCCAAUCACUGCGUGUGGGCAUUCAACAGUCGUUAUGUCCAUGAAGGGUAUUAUCGAGCCUACAAGACAUAUCAGUUGGAGGCCUUCUUUUUUGGCCAAUAUCAUGAACGGAUGAAGCGUUUUGAAGUGGCACCCCAUGAAUUUGAUUAUUAUUUAGAAACGGAGUGAAUAAAAUAAUAUCAACUUAAAAUAA